UAUAAAUUCACAAUACAACAUUGCAAGUUGUAUCAUUUAAUUAUAAGCAAGAAACAAACGGCUAAUAAUUUUAUAUACAUUUAAAUAUAUUUUAAACCGUAAUGAAAUCAAAAAUUUUGUUAUUUAGUGUGCUAAUUAUAGCUAUCUCGUUUACAAUUGGCGCCGAAGCAAGUAGACAUUCUAAAUCACGUAAUAGAUCUACCUCAAGUAAACAACGAACUCAGAAUAGUAAUAAAAGUGGAAGCGGACAUAACAACAGGGGAAGCGCAAGUGAACAUCAUGUAGUUGUUAGCCAACAUCAUAAAACAUCUGAUCAUAAUAUAAAACAACAACAUACUAAUCAUCCAAAUAUGGCAAAAGCCCAUAGUCGUGUAGCAAAUACUCCAGAGGGUCAUCAUAAUUCGAAUCAACCCGAAAGUUAUCCAAAACAACAAAACCCUAUUCCAAAUACUGGGACUGUUGUAUAUACUUCUCAACAACCUGUUUAUAUCGUGAACCCACAACAACCAAAUGUUCCACAAUCUUCAGGAACAGAUGAUUUCGUAGCAGGUUAUGUAGCUGGGGCGAAUUCAGCUCGUCGAAAACUAAGACGCAGAAAAACAACCACGACAACAACUACACUUGCUCCUUCUACCACCACAAAUCCAUGCUUAAUUGCCGCCCAAGUACCUGACAAAAUUGUAAAUAAUCAACUACAACAAAAUCCAGCAGUUACCUGUGAACCUCUUAGUAUCACGACCAAUCCAACUGACUAUCAAAACCCUCCAUUGGCCGCUAUUAUUUAGAUAUUAAGUUGAUAACUGUCAAACUUAAUAUGUAUAUUAAAAAUAUAUAUCUAUGUAACUUACAUCAGCAUUUUAUGUAAAACAAUAAAAUUUGUAUGUUUGGAUUAUAA